AGACCCCCAAGGAAUAUGAAUUUCCAGAAUAUAAAGAUUAAUUUAUUGUGUUGUAACAUAAUUUUAGUUAUUCUUACUUAUUUAUUUAUUUUUUAACUCCGCGUCUAGUGCAGGGAAAACAAAAUGUAUCGUUGUAUGUUUUACAAACCAAAUUGCGAAAUGUGUAUUACCGUUUUAAACCGGCAAGUGCAGCAUUACAAUACAUUCAGUCUGACUAAAAAAACACUCAGGCUGCCCAGUCCUAGUAGCAUACAUAGCUAGUAUUUCAAACAGAAAGCAAAUUAACAAUGUCUCGGGGGCAGUGGGAUUAACAAGUGCACUUUUUUUAAAUGCUUUGGAGACGGUCAUGUGAUUGGAACGUAACCCGACCGGAAAACACCGACCAUCGCCGCCAAUGCUGCGUUUAGAGGAACAGAGCAGCUGCAAGCUCAACGGACAAGUACCCGGUAACAAACAACAACAGCAACGCACAAAAACUAGUAGAAGAGCUACACAGAGCACAAGGUGAAGCAUGGAGCUGGCCAACCAUGGUCUCAUCCUCCUUCAGCAACUGAAUGCGCAGAGGGAGUUUGGUUUCCUAUGUGACUGCACCGUGGCUAUCGGUGAUGUCUUCUUCAAAGCACACAAAUCUGUUCUUGCAGCCUUUUCCAACUACUUCAGAAUGCUCUUCAUUCACCAGGACAGAGAUUGUGUCCGAUUAAAGCCAGCUGACAUACAGCCUGAUAUCUUUAGCUACCUCCUGAAUCUGAUGUACACAGGGAAGCUGGCUCCUCAGCUCAUUGACCCAGUCCGGCUUGAGCAGGGUGUGAAAUUUCUGCAUGCCUAUCCACUGUUACAAGAGGCCAGCCUGGCUGGACUAGGUGUAUUUCCACACUCUGAACAGCUUUUUCCGUUGGCCACUUCCCUCUAUGGCAUUCAGAUUGCAGAUCAACAGGCCGGCCUUCCCAGUAGACUAAGGUCGCCUAAAGCACUUUCCUCCACCUUUGAACCGGAACAGCUUUUGGAGGGUAACCUGCUUGUCUCUGAAUCCCAACAUGUCCAGUCCGUUGAAGAAGCAGAUGCUUCUCAUGCUAAUCCUUCCACAGCAGAGGUGCAGAGCUUGGAUGUACCUGCCGUCGAUGAAAAUCCUGCUGCAAACACGAUUCUCCAUGUCAAGCCCAGUAUUAUGAAGAGAAACUCCUCUUUUCGCAAACAUUAUUCAUGCCAUCUUUGCAGCAGCCGUUUCAACCAGCGGAGCACCCUGCGGGAACACCUUAUGCUUCACUCUCAGAUGUUGUUUCCAUCAGCGACCAGCCUAGUCGAGGCAAGCUUGUCCCCGAUGCUGUGCAACAGCGCUCCAGAACCAGCCAGGGAGCAAGAGGACGCGCCCAAGGGAGGAGGUGACAUCAUUAGCGACGGGGAGUUUCAGCGGGCCACUGAUUCCCCAAGAAUGGAGAGUCUGCAGCCCCAGGCAGAGACUCCGCCUCCCUCAGACAUUGCAGACAUAGAUAACCUUGAGAGCAUGGACCUGGAGCGAGAGGUCAAGAGGCGAAAAUACGAAUGCUCCACAUGUGGCCGCAAGUUUAUUCAGAAGAGCCACUGGCGGGAGCACAUGUACAUUCACACUGGCAAACCUUACAAGUGCAGUGCCUGCGGCAAAAGCUUCUGCCGUGCGAACCAAGCUGCCAGACAUGUGUGCCUUAACCAGAGCGCUGAAUCGUAUACAGUGGUGGACAAGCAUAGCAUGGAACUCUGUUCCAAUGAAGAAGGCAGCCAAAUGGAUGCCAUAUUCCUCCCAUCCAGUAGGCCAUACAAGUGUAACGUAUGUGACAUGACGUUCGUCAGCCCCAACGAGGUUAUCAAGCAUCUGUGCUUUGCCCAAAAUGCUCAGGUUUUCUCCGUGUUGGAUAACCAGCCGACACCGCAAAAUGAAGAGCCUCCUAAAGACAAGGGUUCAGAUUCUGGACACGUAAUUACAUCUAUCAAAACAGAUGACAUUUUAGCAGACUAAUAAUGGAAUAUUUUAUAUAUUUGUAUAUAAAUGUAUGUUUUUUUUUUUUUUUUUUUUUAAUAUUAAUGUGGUGUUUGCAUACAAUAAUCUCAGCAGUUAGCAACACACAUUGUGGGUUUGUGUCAGCAUAUAUCAUGGGUGUUUCUGUGUUCUUCUAUAGGGAUAAAUGUAGGCUUCACUUAGGCUGUGUCACCUGCGAAGCUGUUUGGCUAGUUAAUUCAGGGCUCAGUGAGAAGGGAUAGAAAAACAUUCUCAGUGCAGGCUGGUUGAAAACACAGGGCUUGAGUGGUAAAGAUGGAAUAGUGCACGGUACCUCUACGUACAGAUACCCGUACACUGCGUUAAUUCCUUUCCUGAGCACCAGUUUGUGCGUCAAAGCAGUAAUGUACCACCUUGGCGGAGGAGGGGUAGGGCGGGGGCAAUAAUGUGUUGAAAGAGAAAGUUUGACCAUACAUUUGAGCAAAGUAACACUAGCAGUGCAAGCACAGCUUCAGGCUGUGGUUUGAGGGCUGUUUUGGCCUAAAAUGUCAUACUGCAGCAGAUCCUCUCUGAGUAAGAAAAGGGAACUUCUGUUUUCAGUUAAAAGGCUGUUUUGAAAAUUUUCCUUCAACACGAUGAUACUGCUAUGGGAUAUGCAGGCUACCAUCACCAGUUUUAUGUUUAUAAGAGGAAAACUGCAGCUCCCAUAGUGCCUUAUUCUCAACAUCCUGGUCAUUUAGUGAAAUCACGACCAGCCAUAAAUGUUUUAAUGUAGCCUCCAUCCUUCAGAAUGUUUUGGGGGAUAAAAUGUCAUGUGCCAAUAAUAAUGUAAAGGACAACACGCCUUUUUCCAUGCCACUUUCUCUUGUCGGAUAAGUGCCACCACUCUGUAGUCAAUGGAGAACAUUGGGUGUUUAAUGUUGCUAGGACAGUGAAAUAUAAUAAUUGUGUUUUUGUUUAGUUUUUGUGUGCACAAAUAUGUUUUAUACUGUAAGAUGUCAUGCUUUUAGCCAAUGUAUUUCUCUGGAAUAGUUUUAAAAUACUUUUAAAAUAUUUGUUAUGUUUAGUAAACCUUUAUAACUUUAUAUAAUAUGCUAUAUUUACAUAAUAUUCUGUAUAGCAGAAAUGUAUGUUGCUUCUUUCAGGAACACAUUGUCUGCUCUUUAUUUGUUAUAUUAGUAUUUACACUUUUUUAAAUGGUAUUAGUUUUCUUAUUUGUUUGUUCUUAUUUUUUUAAUCAAAUAAAAUGGCAUUGGGGUUGUUGUGGUGGAAUUAUAAAUCAACAGACGUUUUAACUAUAAGAAGUAAUGGAAUAAUGCUGAAUUUGCAGUUUGCAUUUAUUGUGGAAAUUCAUGUGAUCUCAGCAUUGGUUGAGUUUUUCAGUAGUUGUUUUCAGUACAAGUACACACACACCUUAGAAAGAGCAGGCUUUAUGACAGACCAGUUAUGCCUGGAAUUUCAGGUGUCACAUUGUGAUAUAAGAUCAAAUGUUUCCAUACAAAGGAGUAUAGAUAAUAUGUGUGCAGUUGCAACUAAAACGCAUGAAAUAUUUACAGUUCGUUGAAACAUGAUGUGCUGUAUUCAGUCUUCAUGGUUCACAGUCCUGAAGUGAUCAAAUGCAACAGAUGAAAUACUUGAGUAGAUUAGGGUAUCUUUGUUUUGCUACAUUGGUAAAACUUUGAUCUCUGUUUUCAUAAGCAACAAUUUGAACUAACGUUUGUCUUCUUUACCUAGGAGGUAGUACAUGUCUUUAAAGCCAGUGCAAAGUAAAGUAGGUUUCAAUGGCGGAUGAGUGGAUGCAUAUAUUGUAUAGCAAAAACAUGGAGAUUAUUUUUCAGUACAUUAAAAUAAUGGUGACAAGGGAAAAUUAUUACAAGGUAACAUAUAUAUUUUUUAACUGGUUAAGAGCCUGCAAUAACAAAGAGAUGUUUAAGUAAUUCUCUGAAAUAAAGCCACUGAAUGGCUAUUCUUUGGCAGGGUAUAUUAUAUGCUAUAUUACCAGGUGUGUGAAAGUUUUCACAGUAGAUUUUAGUUUCCCUUUUUUACAAUAAUCUGUAAUUUUACACCAAGAUAAUUUGUUUGUUUUUUGUUUUGUUUUUUGUUUUUUUGUUUUUUUUUUACACUUAAUGCUGUAAUUAUGCCUUCUACUACAUUAGCUGUAGUACUUGAAUAGGGAGCAAAUCGACUGCUGUUUUCAAGCAAGUUUGGAAUUAAACAACCCAGCACACAUUGUGAAACAAAAUGAGUAUCGUGAUCUCUCUAAAGCUCUCAGGAAUUUAAGUGGUAUACUUCCAAUGUCUUCUGAAGUGCGGGUUCUGAUGAGCCUACUGUGAAAUUUUCACUGUCUUGACUCAAAUAAAAGUUUUAAUGUAAAAAAAAA